UUUAGAAGUACUUGCACACAGUUGUGUGGCUCUUUAUCCACAAUUUCAUACCCUGGGUUGUUUUAUUCAGUGGGAUGGCAACUACAGAUUUGUCACUGAAUUGUUAGUCCUGCCGAUAACAUCUCUUCAGCAUUUUAAGUGAUCAUCUUACUUCAACUUCCGCAACUUCUGAGAAAAGUCAAAGAGCUUUGGUAAGUUGAUUUCUCAUUUCACUUUUUAGCUGAUUGAUCAAGCAGCGAAUGCAUCUGCACAAAUUUGUUCUUUGUGCGUAGAAGGCGACUUCAGGCGUGGCACUAGCUGAAUGCCCUUACAGCCUAUGAGAAAAAGGCCGUAGACUGAACUCUAAGAACAUUUCAGAUGAAAUUAAUGGGGUCGUUAUUCCAGAGAGAUGCCCUCAAAAAACAUAACGAAGAAGAGUGCUUACUUUCGGUUCGAGACGCGUUUGAAUGUUUCCUCAGGCAGUCAAAUGACUUUCUCGGAAAAACGUCAACAUAUUUAUAUAAUUUAUGAGGAACUUUGCGCUUAAGGUACACUUCCAUCUGUUUAAUUGACGUAUUUUGAGUUCCUUGUAAUAAUGUUGGAAAUUACAAUGAUCGUGAUUAAAUAAUGCGGCGUUGGUUAUAUGCAAUUCGUGUUCGUAAUCAAACAUCUACUUCGGCAUACGUAUUACUUAAAAAACUAAAUUCGGUAGAAUGGUUGAGUGAUACACUGCGUUGAUUAGGAUCGUUAUCAACUUCCGUUUAACUUAAAGCAGCCAAGAUUGCCUCCUGCCGUCAUUCUCUCGACAACAUUGUUUCGCAUAAAUUUUAUUUAUAGAACUGAAACUAGAAGUGUCUUAAUCUUUUCAUUUUGGGGGGGAAGACCAUCGAAAUUUUCCUCGUAAAGCAAUGUACCUCGUUAUCGACUUCAUAGCAUUGACGUUCGUUUUCGAAGGAAGUAAAUAACAAAUUUGCCACCGAAAAGUUUUCAAUCGAUGUGCUGUUGUCGGUAUGGCGGUGGUUAUCUCUAUGGGAGAGCCAAACAGAUUCAUCAAUGGAAUCAAUGGAAGUAGACCCUCUCUAUGAUUUUAGUAGAUGAUUUAACUAAAUUAAUUUCGGCCUUCGAGAGCGCUUUUUUUCCCAAUUUAGGCAAUUUUUAUCAGGAAACAUCAAAACAUCUUUCGAUUCGCCCUAUGAGAAGGGUUUUUGCCUCACGUCAAUUCAAAAUAACUUCGUAAAAUAAGCUUUAGUUAAUAGUGGUUAUAGAACAUGUUUCUCACUGCAGUUACUUAAGAGAACCUUUACUGUGAGUCAGGUCUUCUGGCUGAAACGAUAAAGUGAGGUCCACUCCGUUAGUUUACCUUUUCAUCUUGAGAAAACUUGUCUCUGCACUUGACGUAAAUAAAACAAUCGAACCAAUGCUCUAAACUUUGCAUAACAACUAGUCAGAAAAAUUUGGUUUCGUGAGGCGUUUCUGAUUUUGAGGCGAAAAGCCUUUCCAUUCGUUUGGAAAUCGUCUUUUGCAUUUUUCCAAAUAGAAAUUCUUUUUCGAGAAAUAUCCUACCCCAGUUAGCGCACUAUAUCAUUUUUUAGACUAAAUGAGGUCUAUCAAGGAAUCACUUCCGUUUUGAUUUAAAACCUUAAUUUCUUUAACCAAGAUCAAAUAUCUUUGCGUAAGUGGUAGUUAAGUGUAUUCCUCGUCCAUCACUGUAUCUAGUUCGAGGAGUAGGGAAUGUUGCAUUUGCAAAGUGCUUGCGGUUGUCUGUUUCAUGAGUUCGAUCGCAUAUGGAAUUUCGAGCAGUGCAAGGUAAACGGACAAAAAUUUACCUUUUUGACCUUUAAAGACAGAUACAUAACGCACAUGUACACUUUGUUUUUGCCCAAAAUAUCCCUUAUUACUGUAGCUCAAUUCCUGAAGAUUCUCGAUGAAGAUAGAUAUCUAUACCUAUCCGGUAAACUAUAACCUGUUCUCUUUUGAGAUGUUUGGUAUUUUUUUCUAGAAAAUCAUGUGGCGACUUGAAACCAACAUGACUCAAGUCUUCACGUAAUUUUGGCCUGUUUCCAAUAAUCAUUUUGGGGUAACUGAACAAAGAUAAAAUAAAAAGUGUUCUGACCCGCAGAGAUAUGGGCAUACUAAGUCUCAAUAAAAGGGUGCAUUUCCUCAUCUACAUGGUCUAAGUUUGGAUAAUAGUAUUAAUUUUAUAUGCCUACUGAUGAAUUGAUGAUCAAGCAUGGAGUUGGCAAUCAUUGUAAACGAGUGUUCGCUAUUCCGCUACUCUCAAUGGAACACUAUUUGGUUAAUUUUGAGAUAGUGUUCUCUCUUUUGCUAAUUCCAGUGUGCUCUCUUUCAGUUGUUUUCUUCGUUGAUGUUUUCAGAUUCUAUGAUGGAUGACGCUAAAGGUCAGUCGAUUUUUUUUAAACCAAAAUUGUUAUUUUUCCUAUUUUGACGCUGUCUUAAAUGGCCCGCUCCUCUUUUUCCAGCUCUCUUGCACACAUAAAAUAAAAAAUUGAUAGUUCAGUUAAUUUUUAAUUUAAUACUUAAAUUACAGUAUCGGCAGAGAAAGCGAGAUGCCGGCCUAAUUUUCCCAGGUUUUGUAAACAUCAUUAAGAUGUGUUGUAGAUCGGUCAGUGUGGCCCUUUUUCUUUGAUCUGCAUCGAAGUUUUAAUUGAAGUCUACUUUACAGUAAAUGGCUAGUCUGUUUUCCUCAGCCCCCCCCUUUCUAUUUCGAUCGUGUUUUGCUGUACUUCGAGACGAGAAAGCUAUCCGCUAAGAAAUGAAAAGCAAUCUCCUCCUCUCCUCUCCUGCUCUGACCCUGAUACUCAUUUCGCUGGAAAUGUGUAAGAAAUCUGAAUGAAUUCUUAUUCCUUCCAGAAAACCAGAAAAAUCCCCAGACAGCGCGGAAGGUCACAUUUCAUCUGAGUUUCUUUUCACCGGUGACCCAUGACUCACAAGAUGGAUCUCUCAGCAGCUACUUGUCCAACGAUUCAAAGAGUAAGAGCGUCUACAAUCAGAGAAAGGAAGACAAGAUGGAUGUAACUCCCUCUUCACAAAUACCCUCUCUCAAACAAGAAGGAUCUUUCAGCAGCGCCUUGUUCAACGAUCCAAAGAGUGAGAUCAUCUGCAAUCUGGCCAAGGAAUCCGAGUAUAUCCAGGGCAUGGUUAAAGGAACACUUGACCCCAAUGUCUUUGGCAGCUACACGGUGCAGGAUGCUGCCUAUUGCUUCAAUGCAGUGGAUUCUUUCGACCGAGCUGCUGAGAAGAUGCAAGAAGUUGGCAAACCUGAAUUCUCUUUACUUUACAGGACCCAAUCAGAGAGUUACAAAAGCUACAACCAGUAUUUUGUACAAACAUGGCGGCUCCAGAAUACAGACAGCGUGGCUAUGGGGCCGGCAGCAGCAACGUAUGUGGGAUUUGAGCGUGCCUUGAGCCAAAACGAUCCCAAGUACCUGUGUAUUGCCAUGUUACCAUGUACCAUGCUAUGGCCCUGGAUUGCCGACCAACUCAUCGCUUCAGUCGACAAGAACAACCCAUAUUACGUCUGGUUUAAAGACAACAAGCCAAGCCCGGGCCACAAAAGCCACCUGGAGAUGUUCGUAGAUCAUUUCUUUGUCCAAGUAGGGCCUGAGGAACGGCAGAAAUGCCUUUCCAUUUUCCAAGAAGGUUUGGUUAACGAGGUGAAUUUCUUCCGCAGUGCCUGCGAUCAAACCCUGUUUUACUACUCGUCCUUCCAGGAGUAACUUGUAACAAGAUCUUAAUUUUGUCGUUUGUGGUUGGAAUUAGUGUGUCUGUGCUGCUUCAGAUAAUACCUCUGAAAUUGAGCUAACUAGGAAAUUUGUCUAACCACAAAAAUUACUCCUUUUUUAUCGUAUAGGAACAUGUAGUUUGAAAUUUGGACGGAGACGAAAGGGGGGGUUGGUACCUAUACUCUUACACUAGAACCAGCUGGCCCUUUUUCACAGACAAUAAUUCCUGAUUAUUUAGCAUG